AUGCAGUUAACCAUAAAAAAACAUGUUGCAUUCUUUCAACGGCAUUUGAUUCUCUUACCGAAUCCGUAUGAGGAACAUGAUUCUGAAAGAAUGGCUUUAGGAUUUUUCUGUCUACUUGGAUUGGACUUACUUAAUGCGUUGGACAAGGUUUCCGAAGAAGACCGAGAUUCGUGGAUUGAGUGGAUUUAUGAUAAUUAUGUUCUAAUUAAUUCCAAUGACUCUAACAAUAAAUACGCCGGAUUUCGCGGAUUCGCUGCGGGAACUACCCUAAUUCCAGUUGAACAGGAGCCUCAACUAGCAGCUACUAGCUUUGCUAUUAGUAAUCUCCUCCUACUGGGCGAUGAUCUUUCUCGAAUUGACAAACAAGCAGUUGAACAAUUUCUUUCCUUAUGCCAAUUGCCAGGCGGUCACUUCAAAAGUACAGCUUCAACAAUGUGUUGCGACCAAGAUAUGCGGCAGUUGUACCUAGCUGCUACAAUAGCUACCCUGCUCAAUAUCUCUUUCCCUCAAACUGAAUUAUCUCUCCAGUACAUUAUAAAAUGUCAGAAUUAUGAAGGAGGAUUUUCCUUGAUUCCUUUUGCUGAGGCUCAUGCAGGUGCAACUUUUUGCGCUUUAGCAUCAUUAAAACUACUUGUUAAUUUCAUAACUAUUCAAAAGCAGUCAAGUUUGGAUAAGGGUUCUGUUUCUAAACCGUACCAAUUUCACGAUUAUAUUCCCGACAAGAAAAAGCUUCUUGUAUGGCUAGUGAAAAGACAGCAGAGUUCUGGUGGAUUUAAUGGAAGAACAAAUAAAGACCAUGACACUUGCUAUUCUUACUGGGUUCAAGGUUCGUUACAAUUAUUAGGGGCAUCUCAAUUUAUUUCUCAUAACGAUGUAAAGAAUUUUCUAUUGUGCCAAACACAACACAAUUUUGGAGGGUUUUCAAAGGUACCGGGAGAAUUUCCGGACAUAUUACAUUCUUCUUUGGGUUUAUACGCAUUGGCAUUCGAUGACGCAGCCAAUCUUCCUAAAGUUGAGCAUGCCAUCUGUCUCCCGACAAGGCGUAUGCCAAACUUCCAACAUGUAAAAAAAAAGACUAUAUAG